GAAUGAGCACGGGGGGCGGGAGCGGGGAGCGGGAGCGGGCGGGCCGCGCUCCCACCGCGCUCCCACCGCGCCGCGCCCCACAAAAGUGCGGGGCUGCCGCGGCCUCAACCAGCCCAGCAGCGUCCCGAGACGGACGGGGGGGUGGGGGCGCGAAGCAGCCGCCGAGCCGCUGCGGGGGGCGCUGCGCCGUGCCGUGCCGUGCCGGGCCGUGCCGUGCCGGGCCGGGGUUUUAUUUCCAAUUUUUGAUCGCAGCUGCAUUUCCCUCCCCCCGCCCCCCCCCACCCCCCCUCCCCGCGCCGAGGAGGAGCCCCGGCUUUAUGUGGUGCUGCCCGGAGAGCGCUCGGCGGCGGCCGUGAAGUUCUUUGUGUCGCCGUCACCUUUUUUUUUUUUUUCCUUCCUUUUUUUUUUUUUUUUUUUUAAAUGUAUAACUUAAUGGGUCUGAACAGCACGGCCGCAGCUAUUCAGCCCAAUGUGUCCUGCACAUGCAACUGCAAGAGGUCUUUGUUCCAGAGCAUGGAGAUCAGCACUGAAUGUUUAGGUCGCACCUUUCCAGGUAAAUUGGCGGAGCUGGAGUUUGUACAGAUAAUCAUAAUCGUGGUGGUGAUGAUGGUGAUGGUGGUGGUGAUCACAUGUCUGCUGAACCACUACAAACUCUCUGCACGAUCCUUCAUCAGCCGGCACAGCCAGGGGAGGCGGCGAGACGAGAACCUCUCAUCAGAGGGAAGCCUGUGGCCUUCGGAAAGCACCGUGUCGGGGAAUGGAAUAGCAGAGCAGCAAAUCUACACUCCAAGACCCAGCGACCGCCUGGCAGUGCCAUCCUUUCUGCAGAGGGACCGCUUUAACAGGUUCCAGCCAACCUACCCCUACAUGCAGCACGAGAUCGACCUGCCACCCACCAUCUCGCUGUCAGAUGGCGAGGAGCCCCCUCCAUACCAGGGACCCUGCACGCUGCAGCUGCGAGACCCAGAGCAGCAAAUGGAGCUCAACAGAGAGUCGGUCCGGGCCCCCCCCAACAGAACCAUCUUCGACAGUGACUUGAUAGAUAACUCAGUGUAUGGGGGGCCGUGUCCCCCCAGCAGUAACUCUGGCAUCAGCGCGACCUGCUAUGGGAGCAAUGGCAGGAUGGAGGGACCGCCGCCGACGUACAGCGAGGUGAUAGGGCACUACCCCGGGUCAACGUUUUACCAGCACCAGCAGAACAACAAUGGGGUGCCCUCCAUCUUGGAGGGCAACAGACUCCAUCAUUCACAAAUCAAUGGCCUUGAGAGCACAACCGUGUGGAACAAAGAGAAAGAGAAACAAAAAGGGCACCCCUUUUAAAAAAAAACAAAAGGAGGAAAAAAAAAAAGGCAAGAAAGUAAAUGAAACACUCUGCACUUCUCGUUAAAAGAAAAAAGGAGAGAGAGAGAGAGUUGAGGAAGAUGAGCAAAGAAAAAAAAAAGCCCUUCCCCAUCUCUCCAUGUAUAAAUAUUUACUUGUUAUGUCUGGUCUGAAUGCACAAGCCUACCAAGCUUGCAAAAACAUUUCUUUAUUGAGCUGUGUCUAGACGUUUAAAAAAGGAAAAAAAAAAAAAUCAACUGUAGUCCUUUUUUGUUUGUUUGGUUUUGGUUGGGUUUUUUUUUUUUUUGGUUGGGUUUGUUUUUUUUUGGUUGUUGUUUCUAGUCGAGCUGUGUGUGAAUGCUUUUUUUUUUGUUUGUUUGUUUGUUUGAUUAUUUCACUUAUCUUUAAAGACAAAAUAUUUGCACAAAAAAAAAAACCAUUUUGUUUAAAGAUCUGCAAUAUAAAUAUAUAAAUAUAUAUUAAAAAAGAAUAAGAGAAAAGUGUAUGUGUAAGGAGCAGGAGUAUUUUUGUAUUAGAAGAGGCCUAUUGAAAAAAGAAAAAACAAAACAAAAAACAAAACAACAAAAAAAACACACAAAAAAAAGAGUUGUUUUCUGAACUAGAAGAAAAAUGGCAUUUUUUUUUGGAUUGCCAACUCAAAAAUCCUGUAUUAACAUUGUAAAAAAAAAAAAAAAACCACAAAAAAAGAGGAAAAAAAAACCAACAAAAAAAAAAAUCAAAAGCAGGGGUUUAGAGUUAUUUAUAUAAAUGUCGAAAUUUUGCACUAUUUUUUAAUAUAAAUAUGUCAGUGCUUGUGUUGGUCAAAGCCUCUAUCAUGUCUACCAUGAACCUGUUAAGGGAUAUAUGUCGAAGUGAAGAACAAAGUGUAGCUGGAAGGGGGUGGAAGAUGGCUGAUGCCAGCCCUGAGAGGAGCAGUGAGCAAGGCUGCAUCUUAUGCAAAUCCUUAAUUUCCAGAGCCCCUGCGUGUGGCUGCCGCCAGUCACGGCUUUAAUACAUUCCCUACAAAGCAAGAGGAGUUGGGGUGUGUGUGUCUGUGUCAUCUGGUAGGAUUAUCCGAGUAAGAAAAGGUGAAACAAAAGCUCCCUGCUCCCGGCAGUCAGCGGUGACUGAAGCAGGCAGAAAUGACUUGAUUUUUUUCUUUUUUUUUUUGGACAACCUCUUAAGUUUUUGGAGCAGGGUGGGGGUGGGGGUGGUGGGGAUCAGAAUAAAGGUCUGUUUCUGAAGGAACAAAGCGGUUUUUGGUUUUGUGUUUUGUUUGGGUUUUUUUUUUCUCUUACAGCGUUCAACCGAAGGGCCCCGUUCGGAGCUAGUGGUGAUUCUAGAAGCUAAUGCAAGUCAAUGGGGCCGUGCCCGCUGGCUGCCUUUGAGCUAGGGUUGAAAUAUCUCAUGGAAAGUACGAGCCGAAUGCUGUGGUGGUGCUCAGUCUUUUGCAUUUUGUGUUAGCCUCUCAAACCUCUGCUUGGGAUGAGCAGACGCAGCCGUGCCUCGCAGCUCCGCCGCCCCUGGGGCCGCCUCUGGUCAUCGCUGCUUUCUACUUUGUUUUCCUAGCUAAAGAGGUGUCAGAUACAGUAGAUGGCAGUGAAUCUGCUUCUGUGAUGUAUGAACUAAAGGCUACGGAAAUACGCUUAAUGCUUUAGAAGCAAACCCCCUUUACCUCUUCUGAAGGUGUCCUCAUGCGCAGCAGCACGGUCCCACCUGCCCUCCCGCCCGCCGCCUCUUGUGUGUCCUUUAAUUUAUCUUGCUUUUGGGAGCAUUUUGUCUUACUAUGCUAUUGUUUACAUUUUUGUAUGGUGUAGGUGUCUGGUAGGUGUUUCACCCUCGUGGUGAAGGUGUACGUGACGGAGCGAGCGAGUGGGAACCCUGAGGGCGAGAGAAAGCGCAAGGGCAAAACUCUGGUCCUGGCCCCUGGCCGGGAGAGCAUCGCUGGGGUGCGAGGAGGGGUCGGUGUGGGAACCACAGAGUGCAAAGCUUUUACAAGGAGGUGCGAUUUCAUUUUCUGCAGGAUGCUAUCUAGUAGAGUGACAUAAAUGAAAGAUAUAAAGGCAAUAACUAUUGUUUUUAAGCGACUUUUCUAUUACUUGAAAGAAAACAAAUCAAAACCAACCCCAACAAACCCACAACCAACCAUGAGAACGGUUUUGAAGUUCUGACCAUUUGAACAAUAUUUAUAUGUAUUUUAAAGGAGAUGAUGAGUAGCUGAACUUGAAGUUUGAUCAUUAUUUUUUUUUUUGCCUUUUUUUUUGUUUUAAUUAUUACUUUUGCCUAGAAAUAGUCCUGUACCUUCUCAAUAUUUCAAACUGCUUUUCCACAGCUCUUGAAAUCUUCAUAGCUUUACAGUCGUGUAAACCUAAAUUUUGAUGACCUAAAGAAAAAGAAGGAAAAAAAAAAAAGAGAAAAAAGUUAAAAACAACAAAAAAAAAUGUCUUGCAAAGGAAUAAAUCUAGUUUGUCCUCAAAGGUACCAAACUGGUGAAUUUGUACAAGUUUUUGAACUGUAUCUUUCCUUUAUGUAACAUGUCUAUUUAGUGCCUUAUUAAAGAAACAGUAACCCUCCCUUUUUAGAGAAGGGAGAACAAAAAUCAUCGUUAGCGUCACAAGUAACCAGCGUCUGGUCUCUUGCUCCUUUGGACCUUGCAUCUGACUUUCCUUUCCCGUCUUUCCCAGCAGCUCUGCCUGCUCCCGGAGCAGCUCCCUGUGCCUGGCCACGCAGGCUGCUCCUGCUGCUCUUCUCCCACCGUUUGUAAGGGAACUUGAACACAUUUAUGCACAUUGUCCUGCCCAGGGAGGUAGGAAAUCGGUGGAUAUUGUAAAUGAGAUACCAACCAAAAGAGAAACCGAAAUAGAAUAUCUACUGCCCUCUUGAGCCAAAAUGUGUGAAUAGUGGGGUCGGGGUUUUUUGGGGGGUGGGUGGGGUGCUCUGUGAUCUGAACUAGUUUGUUUGUUUGCUAUGAAAAACCUGGUUACCUCAGCAGGUUUUGGGUGGAAUAUGCAUCACACGUGUAAAAAUGAGCAGUGAAUAAGGAGGUGUUGUGGAGACUGGAGAUUGUCUUGUCCCCUGGCCACCAAACCCCCAGAGAGGUCAGGGAGGUGGGGUAGGGGCUGAGAAGGCAUGAAAAGGUAAUGGGAGAGGGUCUGAAAAUGCAGUGCAAUUAAACCCAACUCGUGCUUUGAAGUCCUCAAAAUUUCAACUGAUUCUUUGGGAGUUUUUCCUGAUUUUCUUCUCUUUCCCCAGUCUAGUCCUAGUGUGAGCUUUCAUUUGUCAAGCAUCAGCCCAAGCAUCUGCAGCUGAAUGAUCAGUUUGUUGUGUUCCUGGGUCCAGUUCCAUUAAUCUCUUUCUCUAGUUUGGGGAAUUGGCUGAGUGUGAAACGAGGUGGCUCAUCAACUGAUGCUUUUCAGUCCACAAACACAAACUGAGCUCCCACCUUUCCCACUGCUGGUGCAGCUCCCUAGGGAGCAGCCAUGGCCCCUGUGCAGGGUAGCCCUGGGUCCCAGGCAGUGGGUGCCACUCAAGUCCACCUUGACAGAGCCAAGUUGUCAUCUUUUGGUCUUUUCUUCUGUCCAUCCCUCUGCUUUGCAGUCCCAAGAACUGUAUUUAAAGUGCAGACACCAGAUCUGGGGCUCAGAUCAACUCCAAGUUCUGAAUGGGUGUUUAGAAAUAAUGGUCUGUUCUUUUUUAUUAUUGUUGUUGUUGUUGUUAUUGUUGUUGUUGUUAUUAUUAUUACUAUUUAAUGUUACUUUUUGCCUCGGGGUCCAUUUCUUCCGAAUUCCCACAUCCCAUAUUGCCACCAAGGCAGAGAUUUUGCUUUGCACACCCUUGCUGAUGUCUCUACUUGUUUCCUUCUGGCCUUCAUGCAGCUCAGGAUAGACCUGCACUAGAAGCUGGGUUGUUGUUCUGCUCCAUAGGAGUCUCUAGCAUCUUGCAGCUGCCAGCAGAGAGAUUCAGGCCCCUUACAAAUGAUUUAUUUUGAAGCCAAUACAGAAGCAGCAAGGCAUUGCUAGUGCUUAGCAACCUCUUGUCCUAGCCUGCCUUUUUGCUUGGAGUUUUAAGUGUCAUGUUAGCUUUAAAAGGGGUUGUUAAUCUUCCAGAGUUUCUUAGCUUACAGUACGGCAAACAGCAUCCUUAAUGUGCCCCCAGAUCUUACUGGCCUGCAGGUAGGAAUGUGACUUUGUUGAUCAGGAUAGUGAGGAAGGAUGGGUUUCAUUUGGGGCUGACACUGGUAAAGCUCAUGUUCCCUUCACAACCCUUGAUGUCACCGUUUUGAAGAUUCAGCUUUACUAAUCUAGUGUGUUGUUUCCAUAAGCAUUAUGAAGUUCAAUCUGUCUUAAGUGGGGGUGUAAAGAAAUCCAAUUGCUUUCUGGAGAAAGAAUCACCCUUUUGUACAUGUGUCAAACUAUCCAAUUGCACUAACUGCUAUAUUAAAAAAUAACUAAAAGCCCAACAUUUUUACUAAGAAUUGGGAGAAGACCGAAUCCAGAUGUGUGGCAUUAACAGUGCUAGGUGAAAACAGAACGAGUUUUUAAUCUCUUCUGUCUCUGUAUUGCUCAGAGAUUUUUCUAUGUACAACACAGAGCUAGAAAACAAAACAAAACAAAACAAAACAAAAAAAAAGAGAAAAAGGAAAAAAAAAAAAAGAGAAGUUUUCCAGAAACUGCGCUUCAAACUUUUGCUGUACUAUAGAAGCUCAUGAAGGACAACAUUAAAGUCCUAAUUUGCCUGCCUUAUAGACACGUUUCAUUGUAUGAAUAUUUUCUUAAACUUCCAGUUGCAUUGCUUUGGCUUUGGAGUUUGUUAUAGGCAGUCCUGUAUCCUGAGUUCUGUUGGAGUUUAAACUUCUGUAAACUAUUGACAGCACAUGCAAUGCAGUACUUAUCAAUAUUUUGCUGUUUUAGUAUAAAAUAUGUACUCUGAUGCCAAUUUACAAAACUCUGUUGUAAGCGCUUCUUGUGUAACGGUAACCGAUAGUGGCAAUUCUAUGUCAUUCUAAAAGCUGCAAUACUUAUACAAUAAAUUUUACAAUACUUUGGAAAAUUUGCCUUCACCUUUUUGCUUUGUUAUCCCACCCCUACCCUCCCCCCCCCCCCCCAAAAAAAAAAAAAAAAAAUAAUCAGGGCUUGCCAACACGCUGUAAUUUGAAAAGCUCUUCCUAUGCUCUUCCUAUUUUCAAAUACUGGGGGGGGGAGGAAACCAAAAAACAGAAAUUGGUGUUCUCAGUUGUUGGUUCUUGUGUGGUUUCUUUCUCCCCUUCCUUGUUAAGUAGCCUUCUGAGCAACAGGCCGACCUCUGUAUUGCCAUGCUGUGUUUUAUCCCGUGAAGCUGUAGCUGCCUCCCGGUGUAUUUGCAUGCUCGGUCCGUGUGUGCGUGUACAACUUUGUUUUCUUUUUGAGUAGAGCAGGUGUCACAGCUUUAAUCCCAGAAGAAGCAUUCCUGGUUUGCACAGAUAUGUCCAACUCUUGCAACCCUGCCUUUCAGCCAAGAACAUCACUGGUGGUCAGAAGGUCUUAACUUGAAUAAGCGUCAAUCAACAAGAACUGUGUAGGUUGACUCAAAUCCUAAGCACAGAUGAUUUGUGUGACUUUUUCCUUUCUGAGACUGUGGUCAAGUUGCAGUGAUCACAUUAAAAUGAUUGAAAACCGA